CUAAACGUUUAGCCUCCCUUUCUAACUGUGUUCAUCUAGAUAUACUAGUUUCCUUGGACAUAACUCUUGCAAAACCCCUGUGUCCGCCAUGCGAUUCAGGUACUAUUUAAGCUAAUAUCACAGGUUGAAAAUGGCUUGUCGAUUAAUCAUCAUUGAUGCUCAGAUGUCACGACUGGUAUUUUCAUCAGGCUUUCUGCAGCAUAUCCUCAAAAUCUAAUAGUUAGCCAAAUUCUGCUGAUAUAAAUAAAUUCUCGGGGUGUUAGCGGCUUUUGACUAUGAAACAUACUGUAGAAGGGUCAGCGAUUGGCAAAGCUGGCGAUGCACCUAACUCACAACACCCCAAAAGCCGCCCUCCCGCUGGCCUGCGCGAGAAGAUAUUACGGAGACCGCUGCCAUACUACAGUGGACCGUAUUCCAUGAGACAAAUGGACAUGGAAGUACCCGUGCGAGAACUAAGGACGUUCUCUAAUAUUAAGAGACAACAUAAGCAUGUUUUGAACCUCGAGACCGUCUUGUUCAGCAUUUUCUACCCUUCUGGGUUCGGAUCAGGUGAAGGGGUUUCUCCCGAAGGAGAAAAGAAUUGAGGCCGAGCAACAUGGUUGCCAAGGCCUCGUAUUGAGACGGCGAAAGGUUAUAGCAAAUUCGCUGGCCUUCCUUCAUGGCCAACCGUCGCAUGGUUCGGCAUGACAACCGCUUUCACCAAACUUCCUGCAUUCCGUAAUGCCAAGUUGGCAACACAUUGGCCUCCUGAAAAUGCAUGAGAAUCCAAAUCGGGAUACCAGACUAAGAAUAGCGCAGCGGAACCCCCUCCUGGAGCCAGAAUCACCAUGUUUUCCAUUGUUGAUUUUCAGUCAUGGCCUAGAACUACAUAUAGUUCUGUCUGUAGAGAAUUUGCUAUUUAUGGAUUUAUAGUUGUGGCUAUGGAACAUCGAGAUGCGUCGGGACCACGUACUUUCAUCAAUUUACCAAAAACCGGCGAUAAGUUUGGAUCGCAGAAUGUAGAUCAUACUGAUGAAGCACGUGAGAGAGGCUAAGAGAGAUUUGAUUAUGUUUUUCCUGAAGGCAAUGCCAGAGAUACUAUCCCUAAUAAUGAACAAGGGUGAGCAAACCAUUUUUUACUUAGUUGAGGGGUCUAAGAGAUUUGGAGCAUGUAAAUCGGAAUAUCUGAAGUCUGUUCAGAAGUUUGGGGAACUUAUUCAAGUGGAAAACGUCAGUGCUCAAUACAAAUGAGCUCAAACGAGAGGUACACAUCCAGAUACUCAAAAAUCACACCAUAUGGGCUUCAACUGAUUGACUCAUUUUUAGUAUCGAUGCCGAACUUCGCGCUGCCCAAAUACAACUGCGCCUCGCCGAAAUCGAAGAAGCAUACUACAUCUUGACCUAAAUUCAUGAUGGAAAUGGGUCUCAGAUAGCUGAAGCCAAUCUCCGUCAAAGCUCUCCAGGCCGUAUCGGUGGUUCCUCCCGCGGUCUCAAGGGCAUCGACUGGGAAAGUUGGAAGGAUCGUUUUCACCUCCAGCAAGUCACGAUGCUGGGGCAUUCUUCGGCGCCGCCACCACGGUCGAAAUUCUUCGCACCCAAACUGAGCGAUUCCCCUACGUUUCGCAAGGAAUUCUCUAUGAUUCAUGGGGAGGCGCAAUCCAACAAGCAGAUAGUGAAUCCAAGUACCAGAUUCACAAUCCGUUGCUUUGUAUUAAUAGCGAGGCUUUUAUGUACUGGCCUUCAAAUUUUUCCAGCAUCAUGUCACUUUGCCGGGAAGCGAAAUCCCGAGGUACACUGUGCUGGCUUCUCACCGUCCGCGGCAGCGUCCACAUCUCGCAAUUUGAUUUCUCGCUCCUUUAUCCGAAUAUCAGCAGUUUUCUUUGGAAAAUGACGUUUAAUCCACGAAGAGCUAUCGAUUUAAAUAUCAACGCCAGUUUGGAAUUUUUGAAAAUGGUAAUGCCGAAGAGAAUUAGUGCGAUGAAUAGGGGUACGGAUGAGGGAAUCCUUCAGGUGGAACAAUUGGAUCAGUUGCCUGAUUUGCAUCAGCCGAAGGAUAAAUAUAUUGCAGGUAGAUUGAGAAUUCCACAUGAAUUACGUGUUCGUUUAACGCCGUUGUGGAUGAGGAGAUAUACGGGGGGAAAAGCGAAACAACAUCAGGAAGUAGGUAAUGGUAAGGUGGGGUUAGAAAACGGGGAAAGAAUACUGCGAGGGAUCCGUUGGGAAAUGUAUUGCCGGGUUUAGAAGAUUUAGAGGUAGGUGAAGAGGUUUGGAUACAUGUUGCUCCUACGGCGGAAGAGUUGAUAAAGCAUGGUAUUGAGGGGAAGGAUGGGAAUCAGGGUGCGGCGAGGGAGACGGAUAGAGAUGA